AAGCCCGAGGAAUUAAGGACCCGAAAGUUUUAGCGGCUAUUCGUAGUUUGCCGCGGGAAUUAUUUGUUCCUGCGGAAUUACAAGCCGCCGCCUACUCAGACUCAGCCUUACCUGUUGCUUGCGGGCAAACAAUCUCCCAGCCUUAUAUUGUGGCUUUUAUGACUGAAAAGUUGGAGUUAAAAGCCACAGACAGGGUGUUGGAGAUUGGCACUGGAAGCGGAUUUCAAACGGGGGUAUUGGCUCGGUUAGUCCAGGAAGUAUAUACUGUUGAAGUACAUAAGGAAUUGAGUGAAAAGGCCAGAAAAACACUAAACACACUAGCAAUUGUUAUUACUGCUGCCAACGAAAAAGUCCCACCACGGUUGCUUCACCAAUUAAAAGCCGGUGGACGCUUGAUUUUGCCACUAAAAACUAAGCGUGACGAAUACUUGUAUUUAGGGAAAAAAAAUCCUAAUAAUGAAUUAGAAUACACACGUCUUUGUGCGCGAGAAGGAGUAAGCAACGAAAAAAUUCAAGAAAUAAUUAAAACUGCUUUUCGUAAUUCUUAUUGCCGGGGCGAAAAUAAGGAGGCUGAAUUGCACUUUGAAUUCAAUCAUGACUUAAUAGUAUAUCGUCUUUACCAAAUAGUAGACAAAGUUACUAAUCCGCACCGAGAAAUUGCUCCCGAAAGCCCGUUACUUGAAGAAGGAAAAGUUAGAGACAACCUUCUCUUUUACCCAGUGGAUACCAAAACCUUCUCUUUUGCUCUAAGUAAAAAAAUUAAAGAACAUUUGGUUUGGGAUUUAGAAAAAAUCCAAAAAGAAAAAGAAUUACGCAAAAUGUUAGAGUUAGAAGUGCCAGAAAUCAAAGCACAAGCAAUCGUUAUUCGGGAUAUUUUGAUUUUUCCCAAUUUUCUUAACAAAGUAAUUGUGGAGAGUAAAAAUCCGUAUUUAAAUGCGGUAGGAACUUGUAUCGGCAAAGACUCUUCCCGUUUGCGAAGCAUUUUGAAAACCAUCUUUCCGGAACGAAUAGAAAUAGUUAAGUGA